AUUUGCUAUAAGUAGUAUAAUUGGACUAAGAUAUUCAUGAAUACUUACAGAGAUGUACCAGAGAAGUACUUUCUUCAUUAUCGUUAUAUAUUUCCUUAUUUAAUAUUAAUUUAUCUAAAUUUCCAAAACACGUCCACUUCUAAAAUGAACAAACGUAACGUAUAAUACAUAAUACAUUUGUAUCUUGUUUAAUGAAGUCACAUAAACAUUCUGGUUGUUUGCCUAAACUGUAUAAGAAAUGAAAUAUCUUCAUAUCAUAUUGUAACGAUUUGGAUAAAACUUUCGACCAGCCUAUUGAGUUGAAACUUAUUCAGAAGUGGUUUCUUGAAAAACUAGUAAAGCGAUGAGAUGAGUAAAGUGGAAUAUGUCUGACAAAAAUGUCGAAUCGCUUGAAGCGUUCGGUUCUAAACGAAUGCUAGGAGUAUGAUCUAUCAGUGGUUAGACUGAAAGAGGAAACUGUCUAGUAUUUACAGUUAUACGAUCGCUCCGAUGACCAACCCGUCCUCGAGUGGAAUUCCGGAUUUUUCGUUCGUUGAAAAUUCGCACCAUUCGCAUGCCAUUCUAUACUUUCGAUUUAAUCUAUUAUUACCGCUUCUUUCGAAAAUUGGAAAUACCCUGAGAAAAUGAAACCGGAAACGGAGACGGAGAAAAUGGAAGAAAGUGUUAGAGAGAGUUAAAAGUUGGACAUCUGAAAGCUUAAGAAUUUAUAUGUAGUAAUUUCUAUAUCGCGGGUAUUUAUGCUUUUAUGAUAAAUUUAGUGAUAACGAAAUCCACAGAUUGUAUUAUAAAAAUAUAUACAUAAAACAUUCGUAGUAGGAUACUCUUUAUAAUUUUUGAUGGAUGAAACAAAUUUUUAUGUAAGUUCCACUUCUUUAGUUCUGUACAUAAGAAUAUGAGAUUUACAUUAUAAAAUAUUUGUUAUAGUAGAAUCUUCCAUCUCCGAAGUAAUAGGGAGACAAUAGCGUUUAGACAAUUAAAUAACAAAUUAGUAAAUUUUCCACUAAUUUUUGUACUUUUAAAGUCUUUGACUCUUUCUUUGAAACAUCCUAUAUACGUAGAAGGUGAGAAGUGGAAGCUGAGAAUAGCAAACGAGAGAAAUACUUUCACUAAAUAUGACGGAUGAAUGCUGAAUGAAAAAAUUUUAGGUCCAUUGAAGCUCAAUUUUUUUGUAGCGCUCGUAACUUCGAUGAUGGAUUAGCUAAAAAAGAAAAGUUAUAAAGAUACUACAAUGAUUGAUUUUGUUGGAAAGAUGUUCCUUAGUCUGAAACUCUUUCAACUAGUCAAAUUAAUUUUAUAAUUUGUCAUUUUGUAAUUUAUUGUCGUUUAUCGAAUUUGAUAGAAGUGCAACGAUACACUGCAGAGAUUUAUUAAAUACUGUAAAGUGAACGAUUUGCAAUUUUUACAGAUGAAAAUAAUUCCGAAUCAGUCAUCAACGUAAUUUUGCAAUUUUAUACGUCUGUGUAAAUUGCGAGUUAGCCUUCAUACUGUUAUUAAUAUCCAAGAAAUCCUGUGCUUUGCUUGGCAAUUAAAUUGCCCGAGAAUGGUAAAAGUAUAAAUGGAUCACAGCAUCCAAGAAGCUCGAUAAAAGCACAGAUGAGGUUGUACCUCGUUUGUGAUAAAAGUGAUUAAUUACCUAUAGGGAAUAAUUAAUUGCACCUAUAAUUUAAAUAUAUAAUUUAAAUUAAAUUUAAUCGUACAACGUUAAGAUUUAAUUUAUGUUACAGAAGCAAUAAAUUAUAUUGUUCGUUAAUUUUACCAAAUCGAAUCCUUCUCCUCAACUUAUCAAAUUGCUUAGAUCCUGAGAAAAAAUACUGUCUUAAGGCAGAUUUUUUUUUAUGACCACCUUAUGUCACGAUAGCAAAAUUGUAAUAGCCUUCCUAAAAACUACUUUGGAACGUAUUCUCUCACUAGUCUUUCAAGGGUUAAAGAGCAAAAUAUCUUUCAUUUAAAAGCUACGAAAGAUCUUCCACGAUCAUUCUACUGUAUUACAAAUUCAAUACCAUAUUAUAAAUUCCUAAUUCUAAUCAAAUCUAAUCUUGUCCAAAUAAACCUUCUGGAUCAUUUUAUUCUAGAAAAUUUACGGGAAUCUCUCUCAAUAAACAUUGACACUAAACUUUUCUAGAAACCAACGGAAACAAAAGAAAAACCAGUCCACCCAACCCUUCGAUUGCAACGAAGAUGAUUUAUCGAGGAACGACGAUUCAAACGAAAUCCAAGGAAAAUAGCCUUGCAGCUCCGGGUAUUCACUGGAUGGGAAACGUUCUGGAUGUUUUCGCAGCGUAGUAAAGUCGGUGCACGCCUCGGCCCGAUCCUUUUACUCAACGGCACAAUGCACGUUCUCAAGAAAGGGAGAAAACGCAACGAGAGCCACGUGGAGAGAACACACGAAGAAGGUGUAAUACACACCAUGUCGUCGCCAAGGAAAGAGGACGGCGAACGAGAACGAAGGAGGUGGAGAGGUGAGCCCGGUAUAAAAGGGUCGUUGCAAGCCGCCUCGUCUGUUUUAACACUCUCACCGGGUCGCUCGGUGGAUAUCACGAAGAACUCGCGUCGUUCAACGACCUGGACACAUACUCUUCACUUGAAUAGGAACUAUUAUCCUUCGUCGAACAACGAAAAAAGAAGCGGGAAGUGAGAAAAAUGAAGUUGGUGAUAGCGUUGGGAGUAUUGUGCUGCCUGGCGGCAAUCGGAACCGCAUCGCCGCUGCCAAAAAUCUCAGCAGCGACUUCUACGUCGAAUCAGGUUGCAACCGGAAGGCAGGCGACGCAGCAGCCAGCAGCAGUCAGCGAAGACGAUGACGAUGACGACGAUGACGACGACGACGUCGACUUCGAUAUCACGGGUGACGACGAUGAUGACGACGAUGACGACGACGAUGACGACGACGACGACGAUGCUUCCGAUUAUUUCGAACGUUUCAUCGAGGAUAUAUUAGGUGAAGAGGACGACGAUGACGACGACGACGAAGCCACCCCUGUAGAACCAGUGGCGCCAGUAGUGGCGGCGCCAAUAGCGCCUGCACUUCCGGCGGCUGUCGAAGCCGAUUUGAACGCCGCCGCCGCGGAAGCGGAGCAUGCAGCAGAAACCGCUGCGGAGAGCACAGCCGUGGAUAGCGAGCCGACAGCCGUCGAGGAAGACGAAGGAAACGCAGUGGGAGAGGGGCAAGCCGUAUCCGGUAUCCACGAAACCGGGCUCGAAGGUGCGGAAUCCGUGUCAAAUCCUGUCCACGUCCCAGCCGUAUCAACGAACGAGGCAGAUACCGAGGACGAUGAUGACGAUGACGACGAGGACGACGAGGACGACGUCGAUCUGGUAUACGCCGAGGACGACGAUGACGAGGACGAGGACGACGAGGACGAUGAGGAUGACGAGGACAGCAUCGCCGACAUCGCUGGCGCCAGGCAAGCACGAAUGAUGCAGUCGGAACCAAGCAACGACGUAUCAGCGAUUUACGUGGCGAAAUACAAUCGUUUCGUGGACAACAUCUUAGGAAGAAUUAAUAAAAUCUUACGUAGCAAUUAUGACCCAGUGACGGUGAAAUUGUCCAACGCGAAUGCCAAAUCAAAGUCCGGUAAACAGAAGAGCAAAAGCAAGACGAAGAAGAACAAUAGCAAGACUGGAAUAAAGAAGAGCAAUAUGGCAGUAGUUUCGGUGACCACAGAGAAAAUUAUCGAGGAAGUUCCUGAAAACACACAGAAAACUCUGGAGGCCGUUGAAAACACGACUAUGUCAGCUGCUACCGUUGAAAAGGAAGCAACUACUAUCGUAUCUGAACUUCAAGUAUCAAGUAGAUCGAACGUGGAGACAACUACAAAAUCUACAAACAAACGAGUAUCUAAUUCGAACAGCAAAAAAUCAAAUAAAACUCGCGGUGGAACGAAGAACAAAACGAAACAGACUAGCAAUAAUAAAAAUAAGACAAAGAAAAAUAAACCAAAGGCGAGAGCCACACUUUACGGACUCGCGAGCCUACAAAGAUCCGGAGACGUGUCUGUGAACAUGAUGAGCGAUCACACCAUGAUCAAAACGAGAUUUACUCUUGGUCCUUUGAUACUAAAGGUUGAAAAGGAAUUUGGUAGGGCUGCAAAGAAGGAAUUGAGAAGCGCGACUGCUACCACUGCCGAAAUGUCGGGUAAACUGAGUCUUCGAGUUCUUCAUGGUGGUGCAGCUACCCUCAAUUCCAUCCGUGUUCUGCAACCUAAACAGGUGCGAGUGGAGAGCGCGGAUGAUCACGACAGAACGCGCGAAUUCGUCUGGAAAAGAUCAUCGCACAUCGCUCAUUUAGUCUCGGAAAAAUUAUCAUCAGCCACGAGGUCGAUGCUUCGACCUCCACCUGUUGCAGUCGCCGCCGCUUAAAUCUUCCUUCGCAUCAUCGUUGGUCUUAAUGAAAACCAUCAUCCACCAUCAAAGCAGAUUUCUCUCUUUUUCUUUCUUUCUGAAAUUAUUAGACGAAUUUUUACGCGAUUUCAUAUUUUUGCCAAGAAAGAUCUAAAGAAAUGAUACCUAGUAAUGAUAAUAAUAGUAAUAUGCUUCGUCUAUUAAAAACUAUGAUCAUUCAUACUUAGUAUAUGUUAUAUAUUUUUGUAUAUUGUACGCAUUCUGUGGAUUUUUGUAUUUUUAAAUUUUUAUCAGAAAUGCACAAAAAUCCACAGUCUGUAAAUUACUAUUCACGAGAGCAGUCUUCUCUUUAUGGUAUUUGCGUUUGGUUUUAUGGCUGUUUGUUUCUCGAAUCUAAAGAGAAUCUUCUGUAAUUUCGUUAGCUUCGAAUUGCGAGAAUUGGAUGCUUUCAUUGGAUAAGAAUUUAAGUAAUUGAUUCUGAAUCGUUUUGAAUAAAUUAGUUGAUGGAGUAUGUUACAUAGAAGAGUAGCCAAAUUUAUUGGUUGAAAUGUUGUUAAAAAAAUUAGAGUGUCGAUGAAUGCAUUUCAAUUCUCGAUUGGCUCUCUAAAUAUCUCGGUAUACGUAUCUGUUAUGCUUCGUGCGUCAUUGAUAGAAUUCAUGAUGUUCGUUAUAGAUAAUAGUUUGAUUAAUUGGACGAUGAUAGAUAUUGAUAAACUGUAUGUGGAAGAGCGUGGAGUUGUGGCAAAAUUAACGUACUUUCGUACCUUUUCGCUUUCCAUUAUUAUUACCUAAAAACUGACAAAUUUCUAUUACUCAGAUCUUGUGUUUUGACUUAAAUAUGGUUUGAGGAUUUAAUGUUACAGUUUUAUAUCACUGGUUUAUAUCUUUAAAUGUACAAUUUAUUCAUUUCUCUUUUUUUACUUUAAACACUGGGAAUUUUAAGAGUCAACAAAUAGCAAACUGUUUAUCCUUCCUUCACCUAAUUUUAAUAGCAAUUUUUGUAAGAAAGAACGAAGGAUAAACUGGUUUUGAAAGAGUUAUGCAUUUUCAUUCUAGACCAAUAUUCGCUAUUAAUUUAUUUAUUUAUUUCUAGUAAUUUCUAUGAAUCAUUUGCAAAGUCUGAAACAUUUUCAUGCUGCGAUAUCGAUGUAAUCUGCAUUUAUACCUAUUGUUUUAUGUUACCCGAUACUUAAGACAAUUGAGCUUACAUUUAUAAAAAGAUUCAUUGUAAAAUGAAUAAGUCAAUUUUUUUAUACCGUUUUAAUAAUACUCUAUCAAUAUUUAUAUAUCAAUAAAGUACUUUAAGUAGA